AUGGAUCAACCCGAGACAAAGGAGCGGAGAGACUCCGGCUCUCACAAUAUCACGUCCUCGAAAGAGAUUGAUAGCUAUGACAAUGGAAGCGUGAUAAUUGUCAAGGCAGGAACUCUAGCAGCGCUGGUGGAAAAUCUUACCCACCCUGACAAGCUCGAUGGUUCUUUCAACCGGACAUUCCUCACUACUUACAAAUAUUAUACCUCAAGAAAAGAGCUUCUUGGGCUCCUCAUCGACCGAUAUGACUGCUCGCCACCUAUCAAAUUCAAUCCCAUUGAGGUAGGAGAAUGGGCAGCUCGAACACAACCCUUGAUUCGAUUACGCGUUAUAAAUAUCUUGAAACAGUGGCUGGAAUAUUUUUGGAAUGAGCCAAAGACGUCUGAUACAAACCAAGAUCUGCUUGGACUACAGUCAUUUGCAGAACGAGCUACAGAAGUCCCUGGAGCCAGUGCGGCGCAACAACUUCUGGCGAUCAUCCAACGCCGACUUGCGGGCCUCGUCCAUAUGAAGGCAUGUCAACCAUCUCCCUCAGUUCCACCAAAACCAAUCCUUCCGCGCAAAUUAGACAAACUCCAAUUCCUCAAAAUUGAUGCCACGGAGAUUGGUCGGCAGUUGACUAUUAUGGAAGGGCAUCUGUUUGCCAAAGUCCACGAUGAUGAAUUGUUCAACAAAAGCUGGCAACAGAAAGCAAGCCCCGGUACACCCGAGCGCGCGCCAAACGUCAGGGCCGUGAUCCGAUAUUCCAAUCAGAUCGCGAAUUGGGUUUGUGCCUUGGUAGUUGCCGAAUCGGACUUGAAAAAGCGCACUCAAGUGAUCGGGCAUCUAGUCAACGUGGCCAAUGAAUGCCGUCAACUGCAAAAUUACUCCACGGUGAUAUCGAUCCUGUCUGGCUUGGAAAGCGCCCCCAUAUAUCGGCUUGGUCGCACAUGGGCAAUGGUUACCGAACGUACGUGCAACGUGCUAAGGCCCUUACAGGCUCUCGCCGCUCGAGCACACAACUACAAGUUGUAUCGUGACACUUUGCGGGCUUCAGGGUCGCCCUCAAUUCCGUUUCUCGGUCUCUUUUUGAAAGACUUGACUUUCAUUGAAGACGGGAAUCCAGCGGAGACGCCGGAAGGGCUCAUCAAUUUCCAUAAGUAUACUAUGCUGGCCUCCACAGUCCACGAGAUGCAGCGAUUAAAAGAAGCACCCUACAAUUUGAAACCAGUCCCUGAGUUACAAGAAUAUCUUGCUACUCAAUUGCAAUCGGCUGUCGAUGUGCACGACAUGUGGGACCGAAGUCGCGAGCUAGAGCCUCGCGGUCGGGGCGAUGCGAAUAGAUCUCGGGACAGCCAAUAUAUUGCUACAGGUGGCAUGUCGGCAUCUAUGGUGGUGGCAUGUAUGGUCCUGGAUGAUUGA